UAUAUUCAAUUGACGAUUAAUCGUCUAGAAUGUAUUUGAAAGUUGCGCUUCCAACUUGUAUCCAGGGUGCAUCCGAAUGUAAACAUGGCCGCUACUGUGUUGUCUGACGGGUGUUUGCGUGCGAUCAAACUCGAAGAUGUUAUGCUGAGGACACAAUAACCGAUUGAAAAUAUGUGCAUAAAGGACCCAGGCUGGUGUCUGGGUGAGCGAUGAACGUAUUCCGGGCUCUGAUUCCGUGUGCAUUGCAACGUGGUGGCGAAAGCGGUGGCGGAGGUGGUGGUGGUUGUUGGUCGACAGGCGGAAGACGCGGGGAUGAUACACGCAUGACCCAUAGAAUGGGAGCAUCUGCCUCUUCUAGCAUUGCCUCUAUGGGUGGAGAUCCCAUACAGGCAGCCAGACUCUCAUCCUCUGGUAACACCGACCAGCUUGGUGUGAUUGUCAGAGAGAGGAAAAAGAAAGUAACCGGGUUCGCCACACUGCGUAAGAAGUUUAUAAAAAGGCGCCGCUCCUCGAAAGCCUGUGAUCAUGGUAGAAUUAUCAGAGAGCUGGUAUCUACCUGGAGUCCUCUGGAAGCUGGCGCUCUUCUCGAGGAGUAUGAAGCUCUGGCCGCCUUAAAGGAUCUCCACGUACAAGCAGAGCUUGCUCGGCCACCAGCAGCAACUUUCAAACAAGACUUAUCAACACUUUAUGAUUACAAGCACUGUACCGACGUAGACCUGGUCUACAGAGGUGCUUGCUUUCCUGUGCAUAGAGCUCUACUUUCUUCCAGAUGUCCAUACUUUAGGGAUCUGCUAGCAGGAUGUCCUGGUUACGGUGCUCGUAUAUGCCUGGAGUUACGUACACCUGGAUUAGACGUCCAGAUGUUCUCGGCGUUACUUCGCUAUCUCUACACUGGUGACAUAUGUCCACAUGAUGCGAGUUUGGAUACGAAUUUACUGCGAAGAUUAGGUGAAGAGUUUGGUACACCUAAUCCUCUGGAGCAUGAUCUCAGAUACUUGUUAGAUACCGGUGAUUAUGCGGAUGCUGCUUUGGUCUUUACUUCCGAUAGUGAUUACCAAAGACCAGACAGUGGAAGUUCAGAGUACGGAUUCAGACCUAAACUCGAGCUACCUUGCCACAAGGCGAUUCUCUCCGCCAGGUCACCGUUCUUUAGAAAUUUAAUACAACGACGGACUAGAUCUGGCGAAGAUCAUACAGAACGUGCGCUGCAUAUACCGACUAGAAUAGUACUGGAUGAAUGUGUUAUACCUAAGAGAUAUGCAAGGGUACUUCUACAUGCUGUCUAUUUAGACACCGUCGACUUGUCCCUUAUUCUUAGAGGCAGUGGUUGUGGGAACAGUGCUGGAAGUCUCGGAGAGGCUCUUACUCAUACCGGUCGGAUGCGGCCUAGUCCCCUGGAAGAAGCUAUGGAACUUUAUCAGAUUGGUAGGUUUCUGGAAUUGGAUAUUCUUUCUCAAGGCUGCGAAGAUCUCAUAUUGGAAUGGCUCACUUUGGAUUCGCUGCCUACAGUGUUGAGGUGGGGUAACCAGCCGCAUGGUUCUGCAUGGGUGCACAGGCAGGCUCUACACUACUUGCGGGAAGAGUUCCAGCCUGUGGCGUCUUCACCAGUUCUUCAUCAAUUGGACCGUGCUCACCUAGCCAAUGUACUCCAGAGUCACUUCUUACAAGCCAGUGAAUUAGAGGUGCUUCAAGCUGUCCUUAAAUGGGGCGAACAGGAACUAGUACGAAGAAUGGAGGAUCGUGAACCAAACUUACUCAGUCAUACUGCUCACUCUGUCACGAGGAAGGGUGUCAAAAAACGGGACCUAAGUGAUGUGGAGUUGCGAGAGAUACUCAGUGAACUUUUACCUUUGGUUAGGAUGGAUCAUGUUCUGCCGCCUAACAGUGAAAUUUUGGCUCAGGCGAUUAGGAGAGGAUUAGUAUCUACUCCACCGAGUCAUAUGAUUGGAGAUGAAAGGGAAAAUUUAAGAGUGAACGCCUGGAUAAGAGGCGGUAAAAAAAAUGGAUUAUUCGUUAGACCUCGACUCUUCAUGCCUUAUUAUGAAGAGAUUAAGGCACUGGUCGAGGAGCAACUGGUCCAGGAGGCAGAACUGGUAAGAUUACGAAGGGCAAGAUAUAUUCCUGACAUUCCUGAUACACUGUAUAUGGUUGAGGAUAAACCAAGAGCUUUGGGUGCUGCUGGUGUGGACGUACUGGCAGCUGCACUUCCAGUACCAGAUUCAGCGACAAUGUCGGCCAUGCUAAAACGGGAACAAAAGCUAAGACAGUCACCAAGUAGUCAACGUGCCGUUAGUUUGCCGCUUUCCUCUCGUCACGAAAUUAAUCGCCAAGUACGUCUUCGUGUUGUCCGGGAGUUCAACUUACCUGAUGCCGUUGCCGAUCUUCUUGAGAAUGCAGGCUGUUAUCGUAUGCGGGAGCAGGGUGAUAAUAUGACUGGUCUCGAAGAAGUUGCUGCAGGAAAUAUGGCGGCUGCUGCACAAGGUUGUUAUGGAUGGAAUUUGACCUUCCCACGUCAAGCAUCGUCCUAUUCUCAGAGGCAUGAACUGCCAGCAAUUGUUACGGAAGGAGAGAACUACAGACUACCUGGAGAGUCGGAGAAUAAUUCCUGCAGUGAUGGGCACCUCUCGGACAUAAUGCCGGAUGUUGCAAUGGCCACAGCUUCCUUUGGAGCCCUGCAGCUAGUUGAGCAGCAGGAACUGGAAUUAGAUCUUGGUGAUGGUGCAUCGCAUUUACUUCAACACGCUCCAACAUCCGCAGGGACUAUCGGACCCCACCACCCUCUACUUUCUCAUCAACGCCAAAGACGCUUUCCGGGACCUCCGCCACCACCUUAUAUACACCACCGUCCAGGUACCGGGCCACCCAGGUUUAUUUGAGAUCCUCUCUGGUAAGUCGGACAAAUAAGCGAACGAUCAUCCCUUUGUUUCUUACGAACUGGAAAGGAUCUAGCAACGGGAAAUAACUCCCUCUGGGAAGCAUUGUAUGCGCGCGCAUGGGUGUGUGUGUGCGUGUGUGUGUUUACAGCCUGGACAUGCCUGGUAAAUAAAGAGCAGGGCGUCAUUUGUAUCGGACCAAUUUAACUAGUUAUCGGUUAACCUAGAGGACUGUAAUGUAAUUUAUGACGUUGGUUAUGCAUAUUACGGAGAUGGGUAUAACAAUGCUGCCCGUAAUCGUGUUUCGUACCGCACUGCAAUAUUUUACCUUUAUCGCGAGUAUCUCUAAUAAGUGGCAGCGAAGAACCAUUAAUCUGUCUACGGACAUCACAUUGUCAUCGUAGCUAGAAUAAAGCUCUAAUAAUUUAUAGGGAAGAAUAAUGAAUCAGACAUCUACGUUCUAUGUUUACUAAAACGUGAUUUUAAGAGGUACAGCCAUUUCUCAAAGUUUAGGGGAGAAAUCGUAAAUUAAGAAAUGUAAAGAUAGAUGAGAAUGUUACAUAGAAUACUUUAUCCAUUUCUUUCUUCAAAACUAUCAAAUGAAGUUAAUAAUUUUUUAAGCUGCUGAACAAUUUCCAUAAAUCACUCUUAUUUUAGGAAAUAUGAUUCUUCAUCGAGUGAUGCAAAUGAUGUAAUUUGAAUUUCAGAUUCAAGUAUACGCAUUAAGAUGAAUACUUACAUGUAAUGUAAACGUUCAGAUGACCGAGACCCAGAUAAUCGAGGCUCUAUUUUAAUCAUUUAUCUAAGGUUAGUGAACAUAUAUACAGGCAGAAGCAGAAUAUCAAUUUCACUGUUCCUCAUUGUAACCUGAAGACCUCGCUAAGUGACAAUAUCUAAGGCGGAAAGAUUAUAAUUCUCGCUUCGACGCUAUAUUUUCUCUUUUUGCAAAUUUCAGCACCCUGAACUAUCAUAAAACUACAGUCAAUCAUUUGGAGGUGAAGGAAACUUUAGAGGAUGUCCUACUUACAAUAUGUAUACCACUUUAUUAAAUACAAAGCAUGAAGCUACUCAAUGAGUAAGAAUACUUUUUUGCAUUAUCUUUAAGAGAUUGCAAACACCGAACGGGCAUCUUGAUUUUUUAAAUUGAAAGUAAUAACUAAUAAUGGCUGCUCCCUCGUGAAUGUGUCGUAAACUACGCGUAGGAAAAAAUAUAGAUAAUGUAACCUGAGGUUAGAAUGCCCAUUUUAUUUCCAUGGUAGCAUUGACUUCAGUUGCUGUGUUUAUACUAAAUAUCCAAUAUGUAGGAAAAGUUCUACAUUACAUUACUUCAAAUAUCUUAUACUUUCGAAUUUACGAUUUUCCUGUUAAGUGUUGAAAUGGUUUUAUCCCUUUAAAUUCUUAUUUAUCUACUAAGCAAGUCAGUAUUUUAUCUACUGAAUCUUCCCUGUAAACAAUCAAAAACAUUGUAUUAAAAUCGUUUUAAGAUAAGAAACUGAUGUGAGUGAUCCCGAGAAUGCGGACGGACCAGUGCCCAUGAAUUUAAAUGAAUGCAACGAAUUAAUCGCUUUUUUCCCUCGUUUUAACUUAUAAACGACAAUAUAAAAUAAACCGAGCAUCCGAGAUGUAUGCUUAAUGAAAAGAUACAUUAGAUAUUGAAACUAUGCAGUAGUAGUAUGUGCCGAAAAUAUGGGGGCCGAAUCGUUUAAGCUUCGAGUAAACGAAGAUUCAAUAAAAAGAUGUACACAGAAACAUAAAA